AUGAAUCAACUUGUUACAGAUAAAAAUGGUGGGAGAGUAAAGAAUGAGAAAGAAAGGAGGAAGGGUGGUCUGGUUUCGUACUUAGAAACAUCAUACGACGGUGGUCCCAUGAUCACGUUCAAUAGUUACGAAGUACGAGAUUUACUCCGUUGUACGGAUAGCGUAUGUGGGAGACUGGAUUUGAACUGGGGUGCAGUUAGAGUAGGGAGAAAGCUAGGUGUGUAA